AUGAUACAACGAUUUCCCAUAUUAUACAUCACUGGAGAUGAUGACAAAUACUUGCAUGUAGAUAAACAUAAAGAAGCAUUUGACGAAUUGGUAGCUGAUGCACCCGAAAAUGCAGUGACAGAAUAUUACGUUAUAGAAAGAGACUUUAGGAUUAGUGAUCAAUUUUCUCAGAAAGCUUGGUGUUUAUUCUGA